UGCAGAUAAGCACGACCCAAUUUGCCCCCUCCCUCUACAAAGCACCCUCCCACGCUUUUCUCCCUUCUCCCAACCCCACUCUCUCUCUCUCUCUCCCGAAUUCUCUAGAGUGAGAACCACAGAACAAUUCUCUGCAAAUUGCUCAUGGAUAAUCAGGAACCCAGUGUCAGAGAAAUCAAACCCAGAAACAGAAGGAUCAUGGGUGCGGGAGGCCCAGAGGAUGAGGAAGAAGACAGCAAGUGGCCGCCAUGGCUGGGACCUCUCCUGAGGACGAGCUUCUUCGGUCAAUGCAAGACCCACGCCGACUGCCACAAGAGCGAAUGCAACAUGUUCUGCCUCGACUGCGUCAACGGAGCUUUCUGCUCCACCUGCCUCUCCUUCCACAAAGACCACAGGGCCAUUCAGAUAAGGAGAUCAUCCUACCAUGAUGUGGUGAGAGUGUCUGAGAUUCAGAAAUUUCUGGACAUCAGUGGGGUUCAAACCUACAUUAUCAACAGCGCCAGAAUUGUGUUCUUGAACGAGAGGCCUCAGCCUAGGCCUGGCAAAGGGGUCACCAACACCUGCCAGGUCUGUGACCGCAGCCUCCUCGAUUCCUACAGUUUUUGCUCUCUUGGAUGCAAGAUUGUUGGGACAUCCAAGAACUUCCGGAGGAAGAAAGUCAGCAAGGAGAUAGAAGGGUCAGACUCGGAAGGAUCGGUGAGUGGAGUCAGCCAUGGAUCAAUCAAGAGCUUUACGCCCGCGACCCCGCCCCGGACGGCCGCCGUGAACUACCGGACUUCCAAGAGGAGGAAGGGCACUCCCCACAGAGCUCCAAUGGGUGGACUGAUCAUAGAAUUCUAAGCCCUUAUAUGAAGAUCAUCAUCAUCUUCAAAAUCCCAGCUAAGAAACUUUCUCCAGUAUACAUAAUAUACAGUAGAAUGCCCUGAUCAUGGUGGGCAUUGUUAGCAGAUGUUGCUUUGGUUUCAGCACUAGAGCUUCAUCCAUGGAGGCCAGUGUUGGGGAUUGAAGCUAAAGCUGUUUGUAUAUAGAAGAAUGUAAGAGAAGAAAGUAUAGAAAAUAAGGAAAAUUUCAAUAAUGGGAAAGCAGAAAAGAAUCAAGUUGAGGUUGUGGACAAGAAGGAAAGAAGAAAAGAGAGAUGAAUGCGAUAGUGGAGCAAGUGGAUGGUUGGAUGGAUGGGGGUAGAUAAACCUUGAUAGAUGUUUACUUGCUUUUUUCUUAACUACAGUUGGAACCUAAAAUGUAAAUGUAUAGAGUAGAGGAGAAAAGUUUAAAGAGGAACAGAGAAAUGUAAUGUAAAAAAUUAAGGUGUAAUGGUUGAAGUGAUUGGUGUA